UGAGACGCAUUACCUUCCAAUUUUUAAUUUAUAACCAAAAGUGAAUGACUUUAACCAGCUAAGCUUAGAGAUUUUUUAUUCCUUAUUUUUCCAUCUAUAUAUAUCCUUCACAUCCCAUCGCAAUUCUCACGCUUAAUCCCAAACGGUUUUUCCUUGUUCUAAUUUUGACUGGAUCUCAUGAAAUCUAAAGUUUCUGAAAUGGGAGGAGGGAAUGGAGACCUUAGCAUCGACACUCUCAACCUUAAUGCUCUUCCACAAGAUUGUAUCGCCACCAUCAUUUCCUUUACCUCCCCUCGAGAUGCCUGUAGAUUGUCGAUUGUUUCAACUAUAUUUAAAUUGGCUGCUGAAUCCGAUGCUGUUUGGGAAAGCUUCUUGCCAUCUCAAUACCAAGCUUUAAUUCCCUCGUCUCUCUCUUUCUCUUCCAAGAAAGAGCUUUAUCUUAGCCUCUGUGAGAAUCCUGUUCUCAUUGAAGGUGGACGAAAGAGUUUUUGGUUGGAAAAAGUGAGUGGCAAGAAAUGUUACAUGCUGUCACCCAAAGAUCUCUACAUUGAAUGGGUUAACACCCCAACUUAUUGGAGAUGGGUGUCUAUACCCGAGACCAGGUUUGAAGAGGUACCGGAGCUCCUGAGUGUUUGUUGGUUUGAAAUCCGUGGAAAGAUUAGUAUCUCCAGGCUUUCACCCAUGACACUUUACAAGGCUUACCUUGUUUUCAAAGUACAUGAUGUUUAUGGGUUUGACUAUUAUCCUGUGAAUCUUAGUGUUGGACUUGUUGGAACUGAUGGUAGUAUGCGAACUGCAUAUUUGGAUCCAGAACAUGUUCUAACAGAGCAACAAUCUACACUAGUUGAAGAUGAGAUGCUCCCAAAGGCUAGAGUAGACGGGUGGUUAGAGGUUGAGUUGGGUGAGUUCUUCAAUGAGGGAUGCAUUGAUGAUGGGGAAUUGGAAAUGACUGCUAUCGAGAUAGAUGGCGGUAAUUGGAAGGGAGGACUCAUUUUCCAGGGGAUUGAGAUCAGGGCCGUCACGCCUAAUCUAUGUGACUCAAAUUUGGGCUUGGAUUCGUGAGUUUAUAUUUUUUUGAUUGAAUUGUUAUCUGUUAGUGUUAGAAUUAAGUGACCCAAAUUCUUAUUUAAAUAAAAUACGAUGGAAAAUAAAAUAAAAGUAAAAUCCAUAUAGAACUAGACUUCUUUUAUUUUAUUUUAGAAUAAGGUUUUUAAACCUUAUUAAACUCCAUCUAUUUUAUAUUGAUUAGGAUAAGGUGUUUCAAUCCUAC